AUGGCUCACUUCAGCCGAGUCGCCUCAGAUCCAUCCUUGGCGCCUCAACCCUCCGCCCCCUCCGGCCUCGAUUCUUCCACAACAUCAUCCUCCUCCACUGGGCUUCAUCGCAGCUGCACCUUCUGUCGGGCGCGGAAGAUCCGAUGUUCGAGUGGUCCGAUCUGUUCGGCCUGUCGGGAGCGCAACAUCAAUUGUAUCUACAGUCCCGAGGCACGCAAGGGACGACCCCGACGCAGAGGCACCAACACGUCCAACGCCCAGGCCAAAAAGGGGGAUCAAGAGAAUCCCACCCUGGGCCGUGAAUUAGACAGGAUGUUUCAGGAAUACUUCAUUAGCAAGACGGGAUCUCGCUCCAACCUGUUCCAAAACUCCAUUGCAUCCUUUCAUCGACACAUUCGGAAGCCGACUCCGGCGCAUACUCCCGCUCCAACGCCCCGGCCCAAGUUGAGCUAUGACAGUCUUUUAUCUUUCCUUGCGCACGAAAUGGUGGAGGUUCUCCUUCUGCGCUUCGGCGCAUUCGGCGAUGAACAAUUGCAGUCGAAUCCGCACCAGUAUUUCUACAUCACCUCGCUGGCCGACGAGACGACGCCGAGCAUGUUUGACCCUCCUCGGCGUCAGAAAAGCCCUCUUGCUGCGCUAGGGAAACAUCGCGUGGUGCAAAUGGUUCACUUCUGGUUCUUUAUGCACCCCCUUUCGGCGGUGGUCUCGAAGACACUGCUUCUAAGUGCGAUACAAGAUGAAACGGUAGACACAGCCCUGCUCGCAAUUAUACUGGCCGAUGCAUUCGAGUCUUUCGAUCCCAAGGAUAAUCCGAAUACCACGGGGUCUGUGCGUCCUGAAGAGUCCCCUCAGGAGUUGCUUCAGUUUGCAGCGUCUCAGCUGCAACAUCGUCCAUGCUCUAACGUCGAUGCCGGGCCUAUCUCAACAGCGCAGGCACUUAUCCUUCUGGGCUGGAGGGAAAUGUCGCAAGGAAAUGCCCGGCGAGCCACCUGUUAUAUCGGUUAUACGUGUCGCGUCGUCGCGCGAGAGCAUCAACGCCGGAGCCGGGAUGAGGGAGACCGAGAGAGGAUGAAGUUGAACGGUACAGACAUCGGAGAAGUCGAGCAGGAAAUUCUGCGCAACAUCUACUGGCUGUGUCUGUCAACCACGACCUGGGCGUUUAUGCAGAUUGACCAGCCCUUCACGCUGCUGGUGCCGGACGAAAUCCCUGACUUCCCCAGUCUGGACGAGACAACAUCGGCAGUGCUCUGUCUUGACCGGGCGUCUAAUAACAUCUCGACUCUCCCAUCGCAAGUCCAAGCCAUGCGCUGGCUAUGGCCUCUCAGCCAUGUCACUAGCACGGUCGCUCAUAUUUACACUCUCUAUCUCAAUGCCCCAACUGAGGAAAGUAAGGUCCACGCCGCACCUUGGCACACUCGACACAUCUACCAGUUGCACCGUCUCCUGCGCUCCCGAUUCCAUCCCUCCAACCUUUCGCUUGAGAUCCAUGGAAUCCUCAUACAGGCCAUACAACUGGUUGAGCGAGAGGUUACCAUUCCUUCCACGAAAUCCUUCCUCCUAACUUCAUAUUAUACCAUUAUUGUCCAUAUCCUAUUCUCCCCUGAGCGACGAGCACCUACUCCCAUCACACCAGCGAUCAUCCAGGCCUUAGGAGAGUGUAUCUCUGCAAUCCUCACCAUUGCCGCCCGAGUUCCCUCUCUCCCAACCAGCCAAGUGCCCGCCCAAUCUUCCUAUGCCACCAGGACUUUGGCCGUCUCUCUAGAUUCCUGCAGCCACGCCCUGGUCCGACUCCACAGUCAGUACGACUGGCAGCUGAAGGAACAUCGUGACGCCGCCCCGGCGCUCACCAAGCUUGCAGACUACGCAGACCAGGCGCACCAAGUGUGCAGAUCGGACUUCCUUGGUAACUAUGCGUCUGUCCUCCGGCCAGCAAAGAAGCGCCUGAAAUGGGUGAAGUCAGCCUUACGGGCACUAUGUAUGUCUCCCUCGUCCCAGCCGGUAUCCAUGUCGGAAGUCACCGAUGCCGCCAACGCUGCCUUUCCAUCUCUAUCGCCCAAGAAAACCCCCUUCUCGCUUGACAGGCCCGGAGACCUAUCCCUGGGCUCCUCGGCCUGCUCCAUACAUGAUUUUAUUCCUCAAAGCCCCGGGUUCCCGCCGUCACAGCUGGUACCACCGCUCGAGAUCCCUGACCCCGGGUUCUUCAGCGAUAACGCUUCCUUUGAAUCCCUGCUCGGGUUUCCUGGUAUGGCUAGAUCGGACAUAUACUCGAGAACGAGCAACAGUCCUUCGUCCCAUCUAACAAUGGGGACGCUGGAUGGGCAAGCGUUUGGGAAUUUAUUCCUUAUGAGUCCCGACAUCUCUGCGCCGGAUGUCGACAGUAUGCUGCAGAGCAACCCAUUUGAUACAUCUAACCCCGUCUCCAACUCUGGGGCCGAGCGGGUGUGCGGGACAGGCGCAGGUCUGCUGGGUCGUUCUACAGGAGCACAAUAUGACUCUCAUCUUCACAUGGACGCUUCUAAACCCUUUCCGGCCUGGAAUCCCGGUAUUGCGGAGGAGUACGGCAAAUAUGGAGAAUAA